GGAAGCCAUUUGGAUUUAGGUUUCUCAGCGGCGUCUUAGUGCUUGGUUUUGAGGAAGUGAAACUGUGAGAGGACGGCCGGCAGCUUUUUAUUUUCUGAGUUUCAGAGACGUUUGGAGAGAGAUGAGAGAAGCUUCAGAUGUUUUCGUCCUGAAGCUGAGGUUUCACUUCAGAUUCAAGAUGAGCGGAGUGCCGAGUCGAGCCGAGGUGACGGGGUGGAGCCCUCAGCAGCUGGCCGAGUACCUGACCCGGAUGAGUCUGAGCGGCGUGGAUAAAGUGGUGUUGAAGAACUCCAUCAGCGGCUCCAGAUUUGUGAAUCUGAGCGAGAGCGAUCUGCAGAAGUUCCAACUCUACGCUCCGAUGAUCACUAAGAUCAGCUCUCAGAUCAGCAAGAAGGAGGAGAAGAGGAGCCUGUUUGGGAUAAAACCGACCAGAUAUCACGAACCAGAAGCAGCGGCAGAGGUUCAGGGUUGGGCUGAGGACGAGUUUUCGGAGGAAGAUGACUACGAGGACCCGGACAGCGGGGGGGACGCGGGGGGCAGCGACUACGAGUCCCCGAUGGACGACGAUAACAACGACUACGAGCCCCCCCCCUCCGAGCCCCCGGAGGACAUGGCGCUCAAACUGGGGCCCCCCCGCCCGCUGGGGGACGGGGAAUACAUCGACAGCCGUGUGCCCUCCAGAGGCCACCCCCCUGCUGUGUGUCCCCGCCCCCCGCCCCCAGCCUCUCCGUACCGACAGGUGAGCAGUCCUCCAGAAGAGACCCCUCCCCUCGCGGCGGGGGGGAGAAAAUUUCCUCCGGGGCCCCCGCCGAUUCUUCGUGUGAACAAACCGGGUCGACCGAACCAGUCCCCCGUCAGAGGACCUCAUCGCAACACAGUGGAAAAGCCGGGCGCUAACUCUUGGAGGCCUCAGCCGGACGAUCCUCCGGCCUGGAACAAACCUCCAGCUCUCCCCCCGACCCCGACCCCGACCCCGACCUCCGUCAGCCGGAGCGACUCCUCCGCCAGACCGGCUGCCACCAGGUUUGAGGCGAGGAGAGAGCAAACACACAAUGAAGCUCCUAAACACAACACCUUUCCCCUUCAAAAUAAGAGUCAGACCCCCCGCCCCGGACGCCCCUCUCGCCAAGGAGACAGCCUUCCUCCCAGCCUUCCUCCCAGCGUCCCCUCUGCCGGCUCUCUGCCCCACAAACUGCAACCUGGCUUCGGAGGAUCUGACAGACAAUCGUUUCGUCCUACGCCACCUACAGCAGCACCUGUACAGGACCUGGACCCCAGCUGGUACGUGGGGAGAGUGACCCGAGGUCAGGCGGAGGAGAGUCUGCAACAAGUCAACAAGGACGGAGCCUUCCUGGUCAGAGACAGCACUCGGCAGUUGGCUCAGCAGCCGUUCACUCUGAUGGUUUUGUUCCAGCAGAAAGUUUUCAACAUUCAGAUCAGAGAGCAGGCGGGGAACUUCCUGCUGGGAACAGGGCUCAAAGUCAAAGAGUCGUUCCCCUCAGUGAGCAACAUCGUCUCCCAUUACUCCCAGUCCCCCCUCCUGCUCAUCGAUGCUAAGAAUCGAGGCUCAGGACAGCAGAACCAGUGCCUGCUUUCAGAACCUGCCGGGCCCUACAUGGGCCAGAACCAGUGGAGCUGACCAGAACCAGAACCAGUGGAGCUGACCAGAACCAGAACCACUUGAGCUGACCUGGACCAGAACCAGUGGAGCUGACCGGGACCACUGGAGCAGACCUGGACCAGUGGAGCUGACCUGGAUCAGAACCAGUGGAGCUGACUCAGAACCAGUGGGGCUGACUCAGAACCAGUGGAGCUGACUGGGACCACUGGAGCUGAAUGGGACCACUGGAGCUGACUCAGAACCAGUGGAGCUGACUGGGACCACUGGAGCUGACUCAGAACCAGUGGAGCUGACUCAGAACCACUGGGGCUGACUCAGAACCAGUGGGGCUGACUCAGAACCAGUGGAGCUGACUCAGAACCAGUGGGGCUGACUCAGAACCAGUGGAGCUGACUCAGAACCAGUGGGGCUGACCCAGUGGAGCUGACUCAGAACCAGUGGAGCUGACUCAGAACCAGUGGAGCUGACUCAGAACCACUGGGGCUGACUCAGAACCAGUGGGGCUGACUCAGAACCAGUGGAGCUGACUCAGAACCAGUGGAGCUGACUCAGAACCAGUGGGGCUGACUCAGUGGAGCUGACUCAGAACCAGUGGAGCUGACUCAGAACCACUGGGGCUGACUCAGAACCAGUGGAGCUGACUCAGAACCAGUGGGGCUGACUCAGAACCAGUGGAGCUGACUCAGAACCAGUGGGGCUGACUCAGAACCACUGGGGCUGCAGCUGACUCAGAACCAGUGGAGCUGACUCAGAACCAGUGGGGCUUCAUUCGCUUUUUCUGAACAUUUUCAAACUACAGUUCCUUUGAUGGAAGUUUAAUUCCACAACGUGAUGGAAAAAGAUCCUGUGAGUCAAAAUAAUGAGAAAUAAAGACUUAGUUUGAAAUGACAUAGUGUCUCAAAAUAGUGACUUAAAACCCAAAUAAUGACUUAGUAUUCCAAAAAAAUGACUUGGUUUAUCAAAAUCAUAACUUAGUAUCUCGAAAUAAUGAUUUAGUAUCUCACAAUAAAGACUUAGUUUCUCCUCUGAGUCCUCAGUAGGAUGUAGUUUCUCACAGUGAUGGUUACAGGAUGUUUUGGAUCACGACCCAGACCAAGUCUUCUUCUGUUUUUGUCUUUUUCUUUGUUUUCUGUGUCUCGCUCUGUUCUUCAGUUUCAACGGUUUCAUUUAAAACACCUUCAAAUAGAAAAGCUCCGUCAUAUCUGUGUAAUAAAUAAUAAAUAUUGUAAACAAUAA